AGUACGGGAGGCGUUGCGGAGAGCGGUCGGGGGUGGGGAGGGCGAUGACUUUGGGGGCCUCGUGCGAGGGAUUGGUGCUGUUUCCUACCGGCGGUUGGUGAAAACGGGUGAGCUGGUCGUCGCUGGAGGUUGGGACGGUGAUAUAUUCAGCCACUUAACAGCAGAUCUGCGAAGCGCGUGGAGAACAUGCAUCCGCCUCCUGGCUGUCGCCGGGUACUUCCUUAAUCUUUGUCACAAGAGCUGACUGACAUAUUAUCGGUGAACAUGGUGUGACCCGAGGUAAUCACUGGAUCUGCAGACUGCUUAAGACACCAUGUCAGACCUGUGGCGGGGUUCAGUGCUGUUCUCCUGGGGGUGCCUGGCAUCAUCCAUGGUGCACCUGAUGCGCGCCUCGUGGCAGGCUCGUGAUGAGCCUCUGGACUGGCUGGCGCUGCUGCGUUGGAGCUGCCUGGUCGCGCCCAUGGUCGGCCUAGCUGCCAUCGUGGUGGGGCUGGCCUAUCCGCGCUUCGACCGCUGGCUCAACAGCUCGCCCGCGCCUGGCCGCGACUGGGCGUCGGUCACACGCUGCCUGGCGCUCUUCCUGGGCAUCAACCACGCCAACAGCCGCUUCCACUUCGCCACGGACGCCGAGCUGGCCUGGACGCUGGCGCUGCUCAGCCUGGCGCUCUGGUGGACGUUCGACCGUACCACGUGCGGCUUCUGUAUCGCCUCGCUGGCGGCGGCCGUGGCGCAUGUGGUUGCCUACUACCUGGUGAUGCGGCUUGUCUUCAGCCACACCGAGUCGUCUCUCGAGCUGGCCCGGCUGAAGACAUGGUUUCCCUUCGUCGCUUUCUCCGCCGGUAUCACUAUCGGUGGCGUCGGUCGCCAACUGGCGGCUCCACACAGCGGACACAAAAAGCACUGCGAGUGAGGAGCCCGCGGACAGGUGGCGCGCGCGGCGGAUGCCGUGACGUGCCGACGGCAUUGCUCCAGUGAAUUGUAUCGAUCAAGAGCUGUAUUGAUUUUGUGAGGUGUGCUUGGCCUGAGAACUGACUGACACGCGAUAUUAAGUGAUGUACCCGGCUACGGUCUCAGUCCGCGUAGUCUCGUCGCUCUCCCUCACUUAAAACAUAGUGAAGUCAGGGACGAGAGCUGGGCGGCAUUUCACAGUGCCUGCUGCUGCUUUUCGCUGGAGACCUUUCGCGCUAUGGUUGAAGCCGUGAGCGGCCGUCGCAGUCGAGAUGCGUGUUGAUCAUAGGCUACACCGUGAGGACAGUUGGUUUCAGUCAGCUGUGAUAACUGGAGGUGUUAUAAGUGUCGUUUGCUCUGCCGCCCGGAUCAGUGUAAGGUGUGUCGUGACGCCGCCGCUCGUGCCCCAAACGUAAAUGUGACCGGACGUUGGCUGCGUUAUUAUCCUGUGCCCAUGCGAUAGUAUAACUGAUCUACUGCAAUUUUACGCCCCAUUUUUGUUAAUUUCACCUUAUCGACCAGCACCAUUAUAUUUAUUAGGAAGCGCGUCGUGUCUCACGCGGGUCUCGCCGUUGUAUUUUGUUUGUACGCGCCCUGGUGUUGUGAAUGACCUGCGUGGCGCCCGGAGAUGGCCACAUUACCACAAGCGGCGCGCGUGGUGGUGCCGCUUUCUCCUGUUUGGACCUUGUCACGAAUCGGUCAGGAGAACGGCGGGCCGGUGGUGUAGGGAGUGUUCCGUUUGAGGGCCUUGACGGGUGUGGUGAUGUCAGCAAGCUCAUAAGCUCACCCAUCAGCGCUGCCAACACCGCUAUUUACUUUGUUAGCUUUCAUAUUGUGUCAGGGUUUCUUAUUCAAAUACACAUGAUGGUUCGU